ACACCUAGUCCCACCCCUCAGCUGCCUACCUCUCUCCCUCUCCUGCGCUACCCUCUACUCUUCUCUUGCUCUUCUCGACGGGUCAUUUACUUGAUAAAAGCUCAAGAUUUUUGGCUUAUUUCCGUCUGCAGCUCGUCCCUCACAGCCACUAUGGUUCACAGCAGCUGGAUCCGCAGAUUACUCCUCCUGGUUCUCCUUGGCCUCUCCUCGGUGGCCUUCGUACACACAGAGACCGUUGCAGACCCUGCCUCAACAACCAGGGACAACCAGGAUACCAUGUCUGGGGAGACGCCCAGUGACGUCACCACCAAAGACCCUCUCCAGGACAUGACUGAGCCGUCCUUCACCUACGACUACGAGGACUCCACACACUCCCAGGCCAUGGACGAGGAGGAAGGGGUGCUGGGGCCAGGGGCCAUCACAGCCAUCGUGAUAGCUGUCUUCCUGGGAGCGUCCGUGCUCCUCGCCCUCAUUGUCAUCACACUCAGGAAGUUCACUGCCUCCUAGAGUGAAUACAUCCCAGCUUAGUGUGUAUGUGUGUGUGUGUGUGUGUGUGUGUGUGUGUGUGUGUGUGUGUGUGUGUGUGUGUGUGCGCGUGUGCGUGUGCGCGUGUGCGUGCGUGCGUGCGUGUAUGCCUCAAGUGAUUGUGUGUUAACAUUUCUCUCAACUCUAAACGGUCUUAUUCCUCAUCUUGUGUUGUGCUUUUCUGUAGACACAAAAAUAAUAAUAAUAAUUGUGGCAGGUCCCUUUUCCAAAUAUUUGUAGAGCUACGUCAACACACUGUCAUUGACCAAAUAGCAUGGUGGCCAUUUCCCUCUGCUUUUAUCAAAUAUUUAACGUGGAAGUCAAGUUAUAAACUGUACUAUGGAAUCUUACAACAGUUCCAUAAGAAUAAAUAAUUAACAAGAUUAAAAGAUUCUGAACGUUGGAACUUCAAAAAACCUUUUCAAACCUCAAAAAGAUAUUUGACUACCCAUUUGUAACGGCUAGACAUUAUCUUAUGUCAGCGUUAAACAAUUAGACCACUUUGACGAUACAAAAUUCUGAGCUAAUGGUGUCAGCUGUUAUCAUUAUUAUAAACAUUAUAAACAUCAUGAUGUUGUUAAUGUUGUGUGUUUGGGUUUCUGGUCUCUUUGUCUUAAAGAUGGUGAUUUGUAAUUGUGCAGGCAUGACACAAUGAUACAAUCAAGCAUUAGCUGUUGCCAACAGCUAAGAUGUUGCUGUAGUUGUUGGUUUACCUUGAAAUAUGGCCCAACGGUUUAUUAAACCACUCACUAUCUUACUUAACAGUUACUAGCUUGCUUCACAAUCAGCUAGGAAUUGACAUGUUGCUUUUCUCAAAGUUUACCAGGAAACACUGACGUUAUCUCGUAAGUGGUUAAAAGCUAAUUCUUGGAAUGAUAAAACAGAAACUUAUAGGUUAUCAAAUUUGCCGUUUCAUCAAAA